ACGAGCUCCGUCAUUCUUUUUCGUCUGUGUAUGUCCCCCCUCCACUCUUUCCCCAGUUGGUUUGGCUCUCGCGCGCUCUUUUGGCGCUGCCUGAGAGAGGUCAUGGUUUGCGCGCGCUUUCCUCACUGGAGGAGUUCCAGCUGUGCCCAUGAGGAGAAGAGCUUUAAUAGCAUUAAAGCUGCUAGUAGCCUUAGUUUAGAUAUUACACAUCUCAGAGUAAGAAUAUAAGCGUUUUUUAUUCUUGGUUGGGAUUUUUUUUUAUCCGAAGUAACGGACUGGGAUGCCCUGCGCUUGUGGCUGGAUAUAAAGCGGUCUACUUUUGUCUUUGGGGGCGUUUAAUUUAGAGGUGCUAUUUUUAACUUUAUUUCUCACACCACUGUUUGAGGCUGUGAUUAACACUGCAGGAGAGAGGGCGAGAAUUAAAAAUACACCCGGACGUCGAGUUUUUUUUUUUUUUUUCUUUUUUCUAAAGACCAGAGGUAUGAAGGUGCUUUCCUCACACUUGUGUGGUGUGUGUUUCCUCUUCAUGUGGACUAUAAGGAGCACAUCGGUGCUCGACGUGUCUGGGACACAUCAGGGAAUCCCUCCUGCAGUUGUGAAGCUCUGGGCUUCAGCAUUUGGAGGAGAGAUGAAGUCUAUAGCAGCCAAGUACUCUGGAUCACAGCUCCUACAGAAGAAAUACAAAGAGUUCGAGCGUUCAGUACGGGUUGAGGAAAUUGAUGGGCUCAAACUUGUGAAGAAACUGGCAGAAAACAUGGAGGAGAUGUUUCGUAAAAAAGCAGACGCUAUGAAGCGUUUGGUAGAAGCAGCAGAAGAGGCCCACCUACAGCAUGAGGAAGACCCCAACCUGCAGUAUGAGUAUUUCAAUGCUGUGCUCAUCAAUGAGGUGGAUGAGGAAGGCAAUAAUGUGGAGCUAGGUGGAGAGUUCAUUCUGCAGCCCAAUGACCAUUUCAACAACUUGUCUGUUAACCUCAGCCUCAGCGUGGUGCAAGUACCUACCAACAUGUACAACAAAGACUCUGCUAUAGUGAACGGAGUGUACUGGUCUGAGGCCCUUAAUAAGGUCUUUGUGGAUAACUUUGAGAGAGACCCAUCCCUCAUAUGGCAGUACUUUGGCAGCGCAAAGGGCUUCUUCAGACAGUACCCAGGUAUAAAGUGGACACCGGAUGAACAUGGAGUUAUAGCAUUUGACUGUCGAAAUCGAAAAUGGUAUAUACAAGCAGCUACCUCUCCUAAAGAUGUGGUAAUUCUAGUGGACGUGAGUGGGAGCAUGAAAGGUCUCAGACUGACUAUUGCCAAGCAAACAGUCUCUUCCAUACUGGACACGCUGGGAGAUGAUGACUUCUUUAAUAUUAUUGCUUACAAUGAGGAACUGCGUUAUGUGGAACCAUGUCUGAAUGGAACUCUGGUACAAGCUGACAUCACCAACAAAGAUCAUUUCCGUGAACACCUUGAUAAACUAUAUGCCAAGGGUAUAGGGAUGCUGGAUAUCGCUCUAACUGAGGCUUUUGAGCUUCUCAAUAAUUUUAAUCAAACAGGUCGCGGAAGUGUGUGCAGUCAAGCCAUCAUGCUGGUGACAGAUGGAGCAGUGGACAUGUAUGACACCGUCUUUGACAAAUACAACUCACCAGACAGAAAGGUCCGUAUAUUCCCUUACCUAAUUGGACGGGAGUCUGCCUUCGCUGAUAAUCUCAAAUGGAUGGCCUGCACUAACAAAGGUUAUUUCACCCAGAUAUCUACAUUAGCUGAUGUUCAGGAAAAUGUGAUGGAGUACCUGCAUGUGCUGAGCAGACCAAAGGUGAUCGAUCAGGAACAUGAUGUAGUUUGGACUGAGGCUUACAUCGAUAACACACUUCCUCAGGCUCAAAAGUUGGAGGACAAUCAGGGGCCUGUACUGAUGACCACAGUGGCUAUGCCUGUAUUCAGCACCAAGAAUGAGACUAAGAAUAAGGGAAUUCUGCUUGGUGUGGUUGGCACAGAUGUUCCAGUGUCUGAGCUCUUAAAGACUAUCCCCAAGUACAAGCUGGGCAUCCAUGGCUAUGCGUUUGCUAUUACCAAUAAUGGCUACAUCUUGACCCAUCCAGACCUGCGCCCUCUGUAUGAAGAAGGCAAAAAGAGGAAGAAGCCCAACUACAGCAGCGUUGAUCUCUCUGAAGUCGAAUGGGAAGACAAGGAGGAUAUGCUACGCAAUGCUAUGGUGAACAGAAAAACUGGAACCUUCUCUAUGGAAGUCAAGAAAGCUGUUGAUAAAGGGAGACGGGUGCUUGUACUGCAGAAUGACUAUUACUACACAGACAUCAAGGGAACUCCUUUCAGCUUAGGUGUGGCCUUGUCAAAGGGACAUGGUAAAUAUUUCUUCAGGGGGAGUGUCACUGUGGAAGAAGGACUACAUGAUUUGGAGCAUCCUGAUGUGGCACUGGCAGAUGAAUGGACAUACUGUAACACAGAUGAGCACCCUGAACACCGUUACCUGUCUCAGAUCGAGGCAAUCAAACUCUAUCUUGAUGGAGGUGAACCACACCUGAAGUGUGAUAAAGAGUUAAUUCAGGAGGUCCUGUUUGAUGCUGUGGUGACCGCGCCAAUAGAAGCGUACUGGACCAGUCUGGCUCUCAAUAAAUCAGAGAACUCUGAUAAAGGUGUGGAGAUAGCUUACCUCGGCACACGGACUGGCUUGUCACGUAUCAACUUAUUUGUGAUGCCGUACCAAUUAAGCAAUCAAGACUUCCUGACGGCUGAGGAUAAAGAGGGUGUGUUCAAUGCUGAUCAUUUUCCCCUGUGGUACAAAAGGGCAGCGGAACAAGUGCCAGGCACCUUCGUCUACUCGCUUCCAUUUAAUACAGGUUCUGAAAAUAAGAGUGUUGUACUGGCCAGCACUGCCAUUCAGCUACUGGAUGAGAGGAAGUCACCAAUUGCUGCAGCUGUGGGGAUACAGAUGAAGUUGGAGUUCUUUCAGAGAAAAUUCUGGACUGCCAGCAGACAGUGCGCUACCCUGGAUGGGAAGUGUUCCAUCAGCUGUGAUGACGAUCAUAUAAAUUGCUACCUCAUAGACAACAACGGCUUUAUCCUAGUGGCGGAGGACUCCUCUUUGACGGGUGUCUUCUUUGGGGAGGCAGAGGGCGCUGUCAUGAGCAAACUAUUAUCCAUGGGUUCUUUUAAAAGGGUGACUCUGUAUGACUAUCAGGCCAUCUGCAGGAUCUACGCAGAGAGCAGUGACAGUUCAAGCAGUCUGUUAGACCCCUACUUUGCCUUCUUCACGACUGUUAAAUGGCUGCUGACCGAGCUUGUCAUAUUUCUGAUGGAGUUCAACCUGUACAGCUGGUGGCACUUGGAUGUUACAGCACAGGCCCAGAGAGAAGGUCGGACUAUGUUGGUUCCAUGCGAUACCGAAUACCCGGCCUUCAUCUCAGAGCGAACCAUUAAGGAGACCACAGGGAACAUAGACUGCGAGGACUGCAUUAAGUCGUUUGUCAUUCAGCAAAUUCCCAGCAGUAACCUUUUUAUGGUGGUGGUGGACAAUAAGUGUGACUGCAAGGAGUUUGGACCCAUCACUAUGGAUCCCAUCGAAAUUAUGUAUAUCCUUUGUGAAAUGAAAGAAGACAGGAGGCUGUCUGAGAACACUGUCAUGUCAAUACACAUGGGUAUAAAUGAUCAAUUAUCUAUUUCAAUUUCAUUUGCCAGAAUGAUUUGGUAUGCUACAUCGAGUCAUAUCUUGUUUUACUCAAAGCUGAAAGGACUGGUGAAGCCUGCUGAGGUCUGCUAGGGACCCAUGUACACCUGCACAUUCCUGCAGUUAUGCAAUCAGCCAAUCAUGUCGCAGCAGCGCACUGCAUAAAAUCACGCAGAUACAUCAAACAUCCAAAUCAGAAAAAAAUAAAUGUGAUCUCAGUGACGAUGGCAUGGUAGUCGCGUCAGAUGGGCUGGAUUGAGUAUUUCAAAAACGGCUGAUUUCCUAGUAUUUUCAAACACAGUAGUCUCUAGAGUUUACACAGCAUGGUGUGAAAAACAAAAAAACAUUAAAUGGUCAGCAAUUCUGAAGGCAGAAAUGUUUUGUUGAUGAGAGAAGUCUGAGUAGAAUGACCAGACUUGUUUGAGCUGAUAGGAAGUCUACAGUUACUCAAACGACUACUUUACAACCAUGGUGAGCAGAAAAGCAUCUCAGAAUGCACAACGCAUCAAACCUUGAGGUGGAUGGGCUACGACAGCAGAAGACCACAUCAGGUUCUACUCCUGUCAGUCAAGUACAGGAAUCUGAGGCUACAGAGGGAACAGGCUUGUCGAAACUGGACAGCUGGAGACUGGAAAAACAUUGAUUAGUCUUUUUCAAAUUCUUCAACUGUCACAUAAUUGGUUGGUUGGAUAAUUGCUUGAAUGAGAAGACUAUUAUUAUCAUUAUUAUUAUUAUUAUUAUUAGUAGUAGUAGUAGUAGUAGUAGUAUUAUCUUGAUUUUGAUAAUACUGAUCUCAGCAUAUAAUAAAUUAUGCAGCACAUUUGUGAUCAUUACAGCUUAUUUUCAAUAGGUUUUGUAUAAUUUGCUAUACAAUUUGUUGUUAUUGCAGUUAUUGCUGUUUGCUGUUAGUCUGGUUUACCUCCAUAUGAGCCGAAGCAACCAACUUACCAAACAAAUAAAUAUUUUGAGAUGUUAUUUCAUGUAUUCAUUUAACACAUAUAGCUACAUCUGUCCUUUUUCCUCUGUCAUGUAAAUGUUCUGGGUGCUAGGUCUGGUGUACUUUGCUAAAAUUCAUUUUUAUUUAUUUGGCUCAAGAAUUGAUGAAAAAAAAGCGCAAAUAUAAACGUUAGGCAAAACUGGUGAAUAUUUCAUUUGUAAUUUUAUUUCCUUGAAGAGAGUUUAUUUGGCGUCGUCGUUUGAAUGGAGAUGAAAAGGCUAAGAGAUGUUUGUGCUGAACUUAAUAGUUCUCCACAGUGAAUACGCUGAGGUUUUUCAGUACAAUACACUCUCUCUCUUGAGCAAAACAGAUGGUGUGUUACACAAUGACCCAGAAUGAAACGAUGAUCAACACCAGACAUUCGCUCUCAGUAAGAAUGCUCAUAUGGGUCCAGUGUGUUUCUGAGGCAUAAAAUCUGACAACAUCAUUUCCUAUCGCUGCUCUUUGUCAGCUCUAUAGAUGUCUGUCCGAGUGUGUCAUAGGAAGAUGCUGCAAAUGAUAAAUAUGCGAGUGUAACUCGAGCUGAUUUGAGUACAGUUAAAUUACUUAGCAUUGUGGAACUUAGCAAGCAGGCUGACAUUUUAUGCUACAGCUGGUUUCUUUAAAAGAAAAUCAUAUUGCUGACAUCCAGUUUGGUGUUUUUAUAUUUAAUUCUAUGAAAAGUGUGUUUUCCUU